AUGGCAUUUCAAUCAUUGGCCAUAGACAAUGAUGAAUUAAUUCAUAAUGCCGUUUGUCAAGGUCAUGUUAUUUCUCUUGAAAUUUAUUUAAAUCAAAAUCCCAAUUAUAUCAACAAAUAUUUUACAUAUAAUCGAUCAAAAUGGACUCCAUUAUUAGCCGCAUGUUAUUAUCGACAUGAACAUAUUGUACGUAUGUUACUUAAUCGUUUUAAACCUGAUAUUGAAGCUAAAGGUACUAUUGUUUUUGAUACGUAUGGUAAUCAACGAAAAAUUGUCAAAGAUGUUUCACCACUUUGGACAGCUGUUGCUGUUAAUCAUUUUGAUAUUGUUCAAUUAUUAAUUGAACAAGGUCAUGCUAAUAUCAAUCAUUUAACAAAAACACAUAGUACAACUUUUCGUGUGGCAUGUUAUAAUAAUAAUCUUGAAAUGGCAAAAUAUUUAUUUGAACAUGGUGCUAAUCCAUAUCAAGCAAAAAUAGGCAAUUAUACAAGUCUAAUGCUUACUGCUGGUCGUCGAAAUUUUAUUAUAGUUAAAUAUUUAGUAAAUGAACUUCAAUUUAAUAUAAAUGAACAAGAUAAAAAUGGUCAAACAGCUCUUUAUUAUGCAAUAAAAUCUUGUUCAUAUGAAAUCGUUAAAUUUUUAUUAGAAAAUGGAGCAAUGAAUAUUCGUGAUAAAUUAAGAAAAGUAACUCCACUUAUGCGUGCUGCUCUUUAUGGAGAAAUAAAUUUAGUUGAAGCUUUUGAUGGUUAUUGUUCAGAUUUAGAAUGGAUUGAAGCUAAAGAAUUACUUGGUGCAAGUUUUGGAGGAUGUAUAGCACAUAUUGAAAAUUUAAAUAAAACUAUAGAAUAUUUAACUGAAGCAUUUCAAUUAAGAAUACAAAAAAAUUUACCUAAAAUUUUAUCUAUUGAACCUAUUGAAAUAUUUAAUUUUUGUUCGGAAUGUGAAACACUUGAACAAUUUAAUCAACUUAUUUGUUUAAAUGCAAGAGAAAAUUUACAUAUUGAAACUAUACGUAUUUAUCAACGUCUUCUCGGUGAUUUGAGUAAAGAUUAUCAUCAUGUACUUCGUUAUUAUGGAGCUACAUUAGCUGAUGAUCAUCGAUAUAAUGACUGUUUUCGUUGGUGGUUUUAUGAAAUUGAUUUAAAAAAAAAAUAUAAUAUUAGUUUUAAGAAAGGACAUUUACGUAGUUUUAUUGAUAUUUUUAUAGAAAUGAAAGAGAAUAAUCAAAUGGAUAUUCCUAUUACUAGUUUAAUGCAAUUGUUGAAAAUCAUUGAUAAUGAACUUCAACUAAAUUUUAAAAAUGAAAAUUUCGAUUAUAAUUUACAUACAUUACUUUAUACAAUUACAAUUAUUGCUCAGAUAAUUUUUAGUUCUAAUGAAAAAAUAAUACAAGAAAUAUCAAUUAAUGAUUGUCAAGAAUUGUUUAAAUUAAUUCGAUUAAUUAUUCGACAUGAAUAUAGAACAAUAAAAGAUAAAUCGUCUCUUCUUCAUUUAUGUUCAAAUAGUUUAACAGAUAGUUUGAUUGAUGAAAUUAAUUAUCCAUGUUGGAUGACAGUUCGUUUAUUAAUUAAUUGUGGAGCAAAUGUAGAUGUUUUAGAUUCAAAUAAAAAUACUCCAUUACAUAUAAUUGUUCAAAAUGUUUCAAUAUUUAAUGUAAUUAUCAUUAUGGAUAUUUUAUGUAAUUUUGGUGCUCAUUUGGAUUAUGUUAAUAAUAAAGGACAAACUCCAAUUGAAUCAAUACCAUCAUUUCAAAAUGAAAUAAUUCAACAUUUCAAAGAAAAGAUGGGUGUUAGACAAUUGAAAUGUAUUUGUGCUCAUUUAAUACAAAAAGAAUGUUUUUUAUAUAGAAAAUUUCUUUCGACAUCUCUUAUUAAUUUUGUUCAAAAACAUUAA